GGGAUUACCUGAGCUGGGAACAUCUUGUUUCAUCAUAUAACACCUAGAAAAGCAGGGGAGCUAUUAUUUUACUGUGUGUCUUCAGGACAGACUCUCUCACACACACACAUGCUUUGCCUUCCUGACCUUGUCGGGUAUGUAGGUGAUUGAUUGACAGGUCUGAGCUGUAACCAUGGGAACGAGGAUGGAGGUGGCACAGCUUGAGAACAGGAUGAACACUGACGACUAUAGAAAGCUACAGGGCCUUUUCGUGGACCCCUCGGGUGCACCGCGCUCCUUGUCCAGAGCUGAAUUCAUCAAUCUGGCUUGGUCAUCAGUCGGUCGUGGUUCCAAGGAGGAAUAUGGCCUCCUGUUUGACAGCGUGGUUGUCACUCAGGAGCACCGUGGCCUCCUCCUGGAUAUUGACGCAGUGAAGGAAGAGGGACGUGUCGACUGGGGAGGCCUGUGCUCUUUCCUGCUCCUGGAGCUCUCUGAUAAAGUGAAGAACACCAGAAGCAGUAGCGUGCCUUGCUGGAAGCCACCGCGCACUUUGACCUGUCCGCAUCGGGACCCAGUUCAAAAGGUGUUGUACCUGCAGAGUUCAGGUCAGUAUCUGACCGUGAGCAAAGGAGGAACUGUGGGGCUGCGGGACAGAGAGGACAUGUCCCUCCUGCACACACAUCGACUGCAAAACAGCACCGUCACACCCAAAGACCUCUGGGUCACAGACAUGGUGCUGCUGCACAAUGUAAACAAGAUAGCAGUUUCUUUCACAAGUAAGGAGGUGUGUUUUUAUGACUUACUAUCGAAAGUGGAGUUCAGCUGCAAGUAUAAACUCCAGGGUUUGAAGUUUACUCCGUGGUGUCUAGACUACUGGGUGGAUCCUUCUCAACCGGAUCAGGCCGUCCUCACCAUAGGAGACAUUGGAGGACAGGUCAGUGCUUUAUAUUUUACCUCAGCUGAGAUCUCUCUGUUUGAGAGACUCAGCCUGCGGACGGACUCAGACUCAGCAGACAUCGUCCUGUGGGACGACCUGGUCAAAGGAAAGCAUCACUGCUGUUACACUGUGACGCACCAAGCUCACGCACCUGCCUGGGUUAGAAAAGUACGUUACCUGGGCUCGCUGGAAGCCUUUGUGUCCUGUAGCACCAGACCGCAGAGCAGCAUGGUGAUCGGCUGGAGGGAAAAGGAAAGCAGGAGUCUACGAGUCACUUCUUUCUUUACAAAGAGGGGUGUGUGGGACAUGGACCACCACCAUGGACUCAACCUGAUAGCCACAGCAGGUGUGGAUCAUCAGGUCUUGCUGUGGAACCCUUAUGUGACUUCAGAGCCGGUUUGCAGGCUCGUCGGGCACACAAGCCCCAUCGCCGCAGUUCAGUUCAUGCAUACCAAGCAACAACUACUCAGCUACUCCAAAGAUAAGGUCCUGUGUCUAUGGGAUGUAUCUCUUCAGAAGUGUGUUCACCGUCUGGCUGGUGUCUUCCCAAAGACGCAGGAGGACACACACACCGUCCUGUUUCUCCACGAGGAGCAUCAACUCCUCUUGCUUUCCUUCAACAGUCUGCUUCUCCUGCUGGAGACCACGAGGGAGGAGAGGCGGACCAGCAGCCAUGAGCACCCUGUUACCUGUGUGCUGUAUAAUAGUCUGUUCAGACAGGUAGUUAGCAGUGACUCUGCCUCCUCUGUGAUCUGCUGGCUGGCUGACACGGGCCAAAAGGUCAAGCAGUUCCACCGUUGCCACGGCAACGCUGAGAUCUCUGCCAUGGCCCUGGAUGGUACGCAGACCCGGCUGUUUACUGCAGGCGCUGACGGAGAGGUCAAAGUGUGGGACUUCAAUGGCCGCUGCCUCCACAGAAUGAAUGCCGGCCUGGGUCGGGCUGUGGAGAUCUCACAGGUCCUGCUGCUGAAGAGGAGUAUACUGGUGAUGGGCUGGGAGAGGAUGUUAACAGUUUUCCGACUGCAUUCCUUCUCGCAGUCUUUUGUCGAACCGUCAGAGUGGAAGGGAGGCGUUCAGCAUCGCAGUGAUGUGCUCUGUGCUGCAUUCCAGCCUCCACAGACUCUGGUCACAGGAAGCUAUGACGGAGAGAUUAUAGUGUGGAACAACAGCACUGAAAAAGCUCUGAGGAAACUGCGGCCACAUGCUGAACACAGAGAAGGUCAUUUCACCGAUUCUCCUCUUUGUGUGAACGGUAAAGAAGACUCGGAUAACUCCGAUGCGAUCACUGCAUUGUUCUUCAUACCAGAACGCACAACUGCUGUUGCAGCUGCAGGUGGUGCAGACUUGGUGUCCUGUGGAGCGUCAGGUGUGGUCAGACUUUGGAACACCGUCCACAGCUGUCUGGUGGGGCAGUUCACAGCUCACAACAAGGACCUGGGGUCUAUCGUCACAACUGUCAGCCCCUGUGGGAAAUAUUUAGUCACAGCCGAUAGGGAGGGGACACUCAAGACUUGGGACAUACAGCAUUUUUGUCUUGAGCCAUGUGAUGGAGUAACGAAAGAAACUCCAACACUACUGUGUCGUUUCCGCCCUCACCUUGAUCGUGUGACCCACCUGGAGACGUGUCUCCAUGGCGACACACUCCUCCUUCUCUCUGCAUCGUCAGACUGCAGCGUGGCUCUGAGCUACCUGCCUGGGAGUACCAUCGGCCUGUUCGGACAGGAGGAGCAGUGGUGCUUGGAGAGACCUGCACCCCUGCACCCACAGCAGGAACCAGAGCGGAACCAGAGAGACCAGGGAGGCCAGGGAAGGGAACGGACACCUCCCGUUCCCAGUGAGACACUCCCUGACCUGGGACCCGACACCCCUGCAGAGGGUGGAGAGUGGACAGAAGAAAACUUUUAUUCAGGUGAAGAGUUGACGGUCUAAAGUGCAAUGUGCUGGUUUUGUACAACUUUGUUUUUAUUGCUUUGUUUCACUGUCUGGUAAAACUCUUCAGCGUUUUUUAAUUGUCCUGGAGGCAUCUAAGGGCUUACCAUGAUUUAAUGGGAUUUCGGAGGAACAACUAACAUUUUAUCUUUAAUUUUAAGUGAAAAAAAAAAAGAAUCUGGCAAGUUAAAUACUAAAAACAACAACUCUUGUUAUAAGAGAACUAAGCCAUUGUGUGCUAUGCAGUCAUGAGAGUGAGUCACACAAACACCACUAAAUUGCAGCUUUUUCCACAUUUUUAUUUCUAUUCCUUAGCACAGUGUGGUGUGUAACAGUGAAUAGUCACUGCUGCCACUCACAGCCACAAAAAAUGAAAUAGCAUUUGUGAUGCUCCCAAUUCUAUGAUUUUUACUCUGAUACUUAGAGAACAGAAACAUUAUUUUUUCGGGCAGUUAGAGUGUGCCUUGUGAUUUGAAAGUGAUUGCUCUGCUGUAAUAUAAAAGUCAGUAGAAGCUGGCAGUCUCUGCUGCAUUCUCAAAUUCAGUCCUCCCAUUCAUUGCCAAUGGAGUAGCUUCAGGCUGGUACAUACAUUUGACACCACACAUUAGAGGGUUUGAUUCCCUGGUUUUCUACAUCUCAGAGAUGGAUUUUCAUGUCACGAAUACUGAUGGGGCUGUUGUGGUCUGAAUACGGCCUUUGAAAUAUUCAGCAAAAUAAUCAUUAAACUAAGCCUUAAAGAUGUUUCUGAGUGGGCUAUAUUUAUUCUACUAUGUUUAUUGAUCUUGUGAUUACUGGACAGGAGGUAUCAGGAGAGAUGGGGUUGACACGUCAUUGACAAUAAACCAGGAUACAAAUAGCAC